GCGUCACAGGGGACUUAGCUGGACCCUGCUGAUCCUGCCCAGCUCCAGGACAGACCCGCACUCUAGCCUUGAGCGCUUGGCCGCCAGCUCCGCGGCUUCCAAUGAGACUCCUCCCGCUUCUAGUGGGUUUCUCCACUUUCCUGAAUUGCUCCUACACACAAAAUUGCAGCAAGACACCGUGUCUCCCAAAUGCCAAGUGUGAAGUGCACAACGGUGUGGAAGCGUGCUUCUGCAGCCCGGGGUACUCUGGGAACGGCAUCACAAUUUGUGAAGAUAUAGACGAGUGCAGCGAGUCUUCCGUCUGCGGCGAGCAUGCUGUGUGUGAGAACGUGAACGGAGGGUUCAGCUGCUUCUGCAGGGAAGGUUAUCACACCUCCACGGGGAGGUCACAGUUCACACCUAAUGAUGGCUCUUACUGCCAAGAUAUAGACGAGUGCAGCGAGUCUUCCAUUUGUGGCGAGCAUGCUGUGUGUGAGAACGUGAACGGAGGGUUCAGCUGCUUCUGCAGGGAAGGUUAUCACACCUCCAUGGGGAGUUCACAGUUCACACCUAAUGAUGGCUCUUACUGCCAAGAAAGCGUGAAUUCAAAUUGCCACUUGGAACAUGCCUGCAUUGUCGCAAACAUUAAUAAAACUUUAAAAAGAAUUGGACCCAUAAAAGAACAAACCACUUUACUCCAAGAAAUCUACAAAAAUUCUAAGGCUGAGCUCUCUCUGAUGGAUAUCGUCACAUACAUAGAGAUACUAACAGAGUCAUCCUCAGUACUAGGCUACAUGAACAACACCACUUCAUCCAAGGAUGCCCUUUUCAAUUCAACUCUUACUGAAUUUGGAAAAACUAUCAAUAAUUUUGUUGAAAAGAAUACACAUAAAAUGUGGGACCAACUACCUACAAAUCAUAGAAGGCUUCAUCUCACAAAACUGAUGCACACUGCUGAGCUCGUCACCUUACGGAUCUCUCAGAACAUCCAGAAUACUCAAUUUGAUAUGAAUUCUACUGACUUGGCUCUCAAGGUUUUCGUUUUUGAUUCAAUUCAUAUGAAGCACGCUCAUCCCCAUAUGAAUGUGGACGGAGGCUACAUAAAAAUAUUCCCAAAGAGAAAACCUGCAUCUGACUCAACUGGCAAUGUCGUAGUUGCAUUCAUGUGCUAUAAGAGCAUUGGCCCCUUGCUUUCCUCAUCUGACAACUUCUUGCUGGACACUCAAAAUGACAAUUCUGAAGGAAAGGAAGAGGUCAUUUCUUCAGUGAUCUCUGCCUCAAUUAGCUCAAACCCGCCCACAUUAUAUGAGCUUGAAAAAAUUACAUUUACACUAAGUCACAUAAAGCUCUCAGAUAAGCACCAGACACAGUGUGUCUUUUGGAACUACUCAGCCGAUGCCAUGAACAACGGCAGCUGGUCAUCUGAGGGCUGCGAGCUGACACACUCAAACGACACCCACACUUCCUGCCGCUGCAGUCACCUGACACACUUUGCGAUUUUGAUGUCCUCUAGUACCUCCAUUGGAAUUAAAGAUUAUAACAUCCUGACAAGGAUCACUCAGCUCGGAAUAAUCAUCUCCCUGAUCUGCCUGGCCAUAUGCAUUUUCACCUUCUGGUUCUUCAGUGAAAUUCAAAGCACCAGGACCACAAUUCACAAGAACCUCUGCUGCAGCCUCUUUCUAGCAGAACUUGUUUUUCUUAUUGGCAUCAACAUAAAUACAAAUAAGUUGGUCUGCUCUAUUAUUGCUGGUCUGCUCCAUUACUUUUUCUUAGCGGCCUUUGCCUGGAUGUGCAUUGAAGGCAUUCACCUAUACCUCAUCGUUGUUGGAGUCAUCUACAACAAGGGGUUUUUACACAAGAACUUUUACAUCUUUGGCUAUCUCAGCCCGGCUGUAGUUGUUGGAUUCUCGGCAUCUUUAGGAUACAAAUAUUAUGGUACCACCAAAGUAUGUUGGCUGAGCACUGAAAACAACUUCAUUUGGAGCUUCAUAGGACCAGCAUGUCUAAUCAUUCUUGUUAAUCUCUUGGCUUUUGGAGUUAUCAUAUACAAAGUUUUCCGCCACACUGCUGGACUGAAACCAGAAGUCAGUUGCUAUGAGAACAUAAGGUCUUGCGCCAGAGGAGCCCUGGCCCUCCUCUUCCUUCUGGGUACCACCUGGAUCUUUGGGGUUCUUCACGUAGUGCAUGCAUCUGUUGUGACAGCCUACCUCUUCACAGUCAGCAAUGCUUUCCAAGGGAUGUUCAUUUUCUUAUUCCUGUGUGUUUUAUCUAGAAAGAUUCAAGAAGAAUAUUAUAGAUUGUUCAAAAAUGUCCCCUGCUGUUUUGGAUGUUUAAGAUAAACAACGAGAAGUCGUGCUAAUUAUAGCUGCAAUGAAAUGGAAACUCCAAGAUUCGGAUAACCUGUGCGACAAAAAUGAGCCUGGCUUUAUUGUCAGUAAUUAAUUUCAAAUUCAUUUUUCUGUUCACAGUAUAAGACAUGUAGUUAAUGUGAGAUAAAAUUAUGGACCAGAGAGUCGCAGUGUGUUUUCCUAUAUGACAUAGUUAGAUAUGUCAAAAAUAGUACUGCAGAUAUUUGGAAAGUAAUUGGUUUCUCUGGAGUGAUAUCACUGUGCCCAAGGAAAGAUUUCUUUCUAACACAAGAAAUAUAUGAAUGUCCUCAAGGAAACCACUGGCUUGAUAUCUUUGUGACUCAUGUUGCCUUUCAAACGAGUCCCCUACCACCUUAGUAAUGAGUUCCUUUGCAGAAAGGAGAGCAUAACAGACUCGGAGGGACAGAAUAAGAAGCAGUGAAGAAGCCUUCUCUGACAAGGAAUUGUCAUUCCAAUAAACUUGGCUUUCUCUAAACUUGAUGAGAAAAUUUCAAGAUAAAAUAGCGAAAAAGGAAACACAUCCUAGCAGUUUGGGAAUUGGUCUGAACUUAAAAGUCCCAGAUCUAAAUUUGUCAGGUCUGUGUUCUUCCUUACUAUUGUAAAACCAAAGAAAAGCCAUACAACUGACAGAUACAGGGACGUAUGCUCUUAUGCUAACAUUAGGUCUGAGUGUAAAAUGUUCUCAUUCCUCACAGAUUAAGACUUCAAAUACAUAGUUAGUAAAACAUAGAUUUGUCAAACUAUUAUGCUGUUUAUGUCUUUAGUAAAAAAUAAAGUGUGAAGAAUUUUGUCUAUAAUAUUUUACUGUUAUGGAAAUUACCUUUUCAUGUUAGAGCAGCAUACUUGAAUAUUGUUUUUAAUCUUACAAACAGUGUAAUUCAUGUUGCAACAGGCCCUUUUAAUUGACUGUAUUUAAAAGGGCAUUAUAAAUUUAAACUAUUGAUGAAUUAUAAUUCUUUUCUUAUCAGAAAAUACACAAUUAAAGCAUUAUUUAUAACAAAUAAGUCACUGAGUCCUAUAGGGGUUCACAGUGGAUCUAUUUUUAGCCUGUUUCCCACUAUCUAUCAAAGUCUAUUUGCUUAAGUAUACAGCUCUACCUAUUAUUCAAAUGAAGAGGCAGUUUUUUUUCAGAAGUGAGUCAUUGUUCUGAACCUUCCUGAAAAUGUGAUUUGAUCCACUGGACAUUGUGAUUUUAAUUCUCCUCCUGUUGAAUGAAGCCUGACAAGGCCUCUCCUGAAAAGUGAAAUGUCAGCUGGAUGAAGCAGCCCUGCUACUUCCUGACUGAGUUGUUCUCUCAGAAAGACCACUCACCUGCCAAGAAGAGCUUUGCAUUUCUAGAGCUUCUGAGACAGUACAUUUUCACUAAAUCUCUGGAUUUCUUUCAUGCUAAGUUUGUGACACAGCAUUGUCAUUCUGAGAUUGGACUGUAGAAAUGAGAUCAAAACCUAAUCUGUUCAAUCAGUGGAUAUGAAACUAUCACAUGUAGUAGACAGAAUUACCCUCCCCAAAUAUCCUUACACUCCUCUUCAGACCCUGUAGCUGUGGUGGAUGGAGCAGGAGGGUCCUAUGGAGAGGAAGGGUGGCUGACCUCAACUCAGUUGGAGAACGCUCUCACUGAGCUGGGGAAAGUGAGCAUGCUGAUGAUGUUAUUUUAGUAUGGGUCUCCUGGUUUGGACAUCUCAAUUCUAGAGUUGUAAGACAAUAAAAUUCUAUUAUCAAAGCCA